GUCGGCCGCGACCAACGAGCGCCUGGAGCAAAUGCUCGCCUUCCUUGUCGUCGCCCUGCUCGGGGCCGUGGCGGUGUUGGUACUGGGCCUGCUGUACGCGACUUUCGUUCUCUACUGUCUCCCGGACGUGACCUCGGAAAACAGCUUCCGCAUUCACAUCGUCUCCUUCCUGAUUGUUUUGCCCACCUUCCUGCUCGGGGUGGGCCGUUUUUUCGAUCGGUUUUACCAGCCGCAUGG